GGGCAGGGAGCGGGGAUGGAGCUGCGGCUCCGCCCGCGGCCGCCGCCCCCGCUGCUGUCCCGCCCCCGGAGCACGGCGCUGAUGUGCCGGGCGUGGAGGGGCUCCGCGGCUCCCCAUGGAGCGGAACGCUGCCCUGCGGCUCCUGCUGCUGCUGGCCUGCGCCGGGCUCGGCGGCUCCGAGGAGAGGAGCCCCGCGGGGAACAGGUCGGUACCCGGGCGCCGCCGCGGAGCGCUGCUGGAGCCGGGCGAGCGCGGGUUUGCAACGCUGUCGUUCCUGCCGCGUUCAGAACGCGAGGACGUGGCUCUGCUUUCCUUUCCAGUUCACAUGAAUUUUCAGAUCAAGAUUCUCUCCAGACAGCUGGUCAGCGUUACAAUGGUCGUGUGAAGCCAAAGUUUAAUGUCAGUCAAGAGGCAAUUGCACAGGUUGUCAGCUACAGCUUGAGCAGGGGAGGACAGUGGCGAGGAGCACCCUGGAGCCACGCUGGGUUCCCCCACAGCCACCUCAGCCCCCUGAAUGUCACCAUCGGCGGCACCCCCUGCAUCCUGUUCUGGGCCAAGAGGAUCAUGAUCAGGUUUGAGAACCACACCCAGCUGGAUUUGACAGAGAGGACGUUUGGAGUCCACGCCACCGUGGAUGUUGGGGACUCAAACUGCAGCGAGGACAGCGCCAUGCUUUCCCUAAAGUUUGGUGACAUUGGAAAUUUAAAGGGACUUGUCAUCAGGCUCUUGUUAACCACCAGCUACUACCAGCUGUCUGUGCAGAACUGGUUCAGCCUGCACAGGCUGCAGCUGCUCUACAACCACUCGGUGCAGGCGACGUUCAACGCCACGGGCAUCCACGCGCCCGCCACCCACUCCUUCCACUGCGAGCGCGUCAGCAGCCUGCAGAGAUACGAUGCUCUGCUGGUCCCCAGCUCCGAAAACGACCUCUCCCAGCUCUGGGAGGUCACCUUCAUCGACUUCCAGAUUCAAGGUUUUAACAUCCAAGAAGGACAUUUUGCCUACGCCAGAGACUGUGCAUCCUUCUUCUCCCCAGCCAUCCUGAUGGGGUUGGUGAUGUCCCUGAUUCUGCUGCUGGUCCUGGCCUAUGCUCUGCACAUGCUCAUCCACCUGAAAUCCCUGGACAGGCACUACGAGUGCAAAGCUUCCCCUGCCUAUUUUGCACAGAUGAAGGACAGUGACAUGGGAGAUGAGAAGGAGCCACUGAGAAACAGUGGGAAUGAGUCCUAUGAACUCAGGAACCAGCAGUUUGGUAAAAUCUAUAUUUAGCAGCGUGUCUGUGUCUCAAUGAAACAAGAGGUGUUUUCUUCUGCUGGCACUGUUGUGUGUAGUCUGUACAGAUUUUUUUUUUUUUUUACCAGCUGAUGACAGGAAAAGUAGGUAACAGAUUGUUUAGCCAGUUACUCACUGAUAAUCAUCUCAAAGAUGCCUUGGGAAAGAAGGUGAGAAAAAAAAAAAUUUCCAUUGUGAGUUAGAGAUAUUCAUGUUGUGGGACUUUGUUCCUGUAGCAAAAAGCCAAAAUAGAGGCAUAGCUCUUCAUUCAGUUUACCAAGUCUUGAAGUGAGAAUCUGUAAUGGACACUUUGAAAUUAAAUAAAGGUUAACAAAAAAAACCCCGAA